AUGGCUCCUUACAUGGACAGCCCACGUGGCCCAUGUUGCAGUUGGCUGGGCUGGGCCUCGAAUUAUUCCGAGGCUGCGGUGUGCGGCGGCGACGACGACGACCAGGAGAUGGCUGCGGUGGCGGGCGGCGGCGGAGGAGCGAAGGCGACGGUGGCGGAGCAGAUAGGGCAGGCGGUGCAGUCCACCUCCAACCUUCUCCAGCUCAUGGAGCAGUCCUCCCCUGCCCAGGUCCACUUGGCUAAACUCCCUAAGAAUCUCUUGGCGAAAGCAUCUCUUACAAAGAACACAGAGCAAGUGCUACAACAACUACCUAAUGUAAUUUCUUCCUUGGAUGCUUUUAUGGAUAGUAGUUUGCAAAGCGCAUCUCAAAUUAAGACUGUCACACAACUCUUGUCAAACAUGGAGAGCACCCAGCUCAAAUCUAUUUUGCCUGCCUCUCGAUUACAGAAAGAUCAAAAGAAUACUGAGCCUGGAGAACUCAGGGUUGACUGA